UAAACUUUUAACAACAGGAAGUGUGUGCAUAUGAAACUAUGAAGCUCUCCUGACCGAUGCAAGACUGGUCUAUUUAUGUCCGUCUCUGAGCCGGUAAUUCAGUAAAAGUGUUCAACAGUUAUGAUCUCAAUAAACAUCUCAUUCUGUAGGAUGUGUCCUUGUUAAGAUGAAUCCAUAGGGAGACGAAGAAACCAUAAGUAAUGGACACCUCACCAGAUGUUCUCAUCGCAGCAGCCCAGAAGUUCUUGCGUACUGGUAAGAAACGCCUGUCUCCGUCCACUUGUCUUGAUUUGACUGUUCAAAUUAAAGCUGUGGAUCUGGGCACCAAACCUGCUUUUCUGUACGACUGUAAUGCAACAAACCCAGAACAGAUUCAGCUCUAUCUUAACUCACUUCAGGAGUAUGGAAUUGUAACCAGUGCAUUACAGAUACUGUCCAUUGAUGACAACACAUUCAUCUUUAACCUUGCCACGAUUAAGUCCCACUUGGAUGAACUGCUCCAAAAUAAAAGUGUCCUCCUUAUUGAUGUGUGCCCCUCUAGAAAACAACCUGUCUUGCUUGGAUUUGAGAAAAGAACUGAGGAGAUGAUCAAAGCUCUUUUGGGACUAUUUAUGAAUGAGGUGCAUGAAAGCUCCUCAGUUAUUGUGGUCGGAGAAGAGUUGUAUAAUGAGUGGAAUUUGUGUACACUCUUUGGAAUCCUUUUAGGUUAUCCAGCAUUCUACUGGUUUGACCAAACCAAAGGAUUUGGGAACUGUUUGUGUAUGACGCCACUGGUUGUGUCCACUGUUUGGGUCAAGUUGCAGAUAGCUGACAUAAGUCACCGAUGUUGUCUUUACUCAUUCAGUGUUCCUGAGAAGCUGUGGUCAGAUGUACAAUGCCAUAUGCAGCAAUGGACUGAGCAUCUGAGAGAUAGAUUUAACAAACAGGCAGUUUUGACUGAUCUCUGCUUUUCUAGGAAUACUGUCACCUUACCUGCUGUGACGCUUUAGGCAAGGCUUUGAACUUAUGUUCCUUUUUUGUGCCAGUUAGCACUAUGAAUGCAUUUGUCAUGGUCAACACCUCUCCUGGUACUGUUACCAUUUUUUUAUAAUGUCACAUUUAUUACUUGUUUGUAUAAAGGAUGCAGAAAAAAAUAAGAUGUGAUCAUUUGCCCCCUUCCUUUUCACUACAUUUCCUUGCAUCAUAUAACAACAUAUUAAAAGAUAGUAUGCACUGUGUUGGU